AUGGAGUCCCCUAAGAUAGUGUACAAAUAUUACUCGAAUCCCGCGUUUUGCGCGCAAAGUGAAGUGGUGUUCGCUCAAAAGUCAUGUGUCACGAAAAUCGUUUCCCCUGACCGCCGCAUGCCGCCGUUAGGCGGGAAUUCACCUAGAAAGACUUGUGAAAGCAACAGAAUAAUGCGAACAGAUAUAUCUGACAAUCCACUAAGGAUUUACGCGAGUGGAAAGAGGGACGAACCUCCCGAAUUACCGCCAAAACCACCAAAAUAUCAGCGACAGUUUCAAAGACAGGCUUCAUUAAUCUGCAAACCGACUCGUUCAAUUGUUAGAUGUAGGACUAGAAGCGAGGAUUUAGAAAUGGCACAAUUCAAACAAAGACGCGAAACGAAAUAUGAUAGAAGUGAGAUUGACGACAAUCUAGAAGACAGGAAACAUAGAUAUGAAGUUAUAGAUAUAGAUGAUGGAAUGGAUUACUCUCCGACCAAGAAGAGAAUAGUUGAGGCAGACGAAAGUGAGAUAGAAGAAUAUAAUGUAGAUGCUCCCGAUGAGAACGAAUUAAAGGAAAUACCUACGGAAAUCGUCAAAACUGUGAACGGAAAAACACUGAGAUACGCGAUAGUGCCUUCAGAUGACGAAGAGAGAAGAAAUGUUACAUUCACAUCUCCGACUAUGACGAAGAAGAAUCUGAUUGCUACACAGAAGCUGCACGAGUUAUUAUCAACGCCGAGGAAACUGAAAAGUUAUGCCAGUCAGCCUUCAGUACGAAUAACGCCCAACAAAUCUGAUGGUCCAAGAUAUGCUGGCACCCCAAUGAAAAUUAUAUCUAGCACUCCAACACAAGUGACCCCAUCGAAGUCCUGCGCUAAUCUAACUCUUACGAGAGGAUCAGCAACUUCUCCAAUUUCACCAAAAGCUCAGCAGAAAUUAAACUACGGUUUACCAGAUUUUGGAAGACAGGACGUUUUUGUGACUAGUUUUAGAGAGAAGAGAGGCAGAAGCUUCGAUAUGGACAGAAGAGAAGGAAGCAGAGAAGGAAAAUAUGACAGAAGAAUAGACGAACAGAGAAGGGAUAAGAAUACAGCAGUCAUCAUGCCGAGAGUCGCCAAUCAGUCUCCAUCUAUGUAUUCUGAGGAUACUUACAAGUCUUUCUCGAGCGUCAAGACUAUGAAUCCCGCCACGGCUUCUCUCGCUAUAGCAGCCUUAAUGCUCACUGUUUGUGGAGGAUUGAGCACCGGUCUAAGCUUUUACAUGAUGUAUUGUAUGGGUCGACGGUAUUACUUAGACUUUGGAGUUCUAUCUGGAUUCACCUGCUUCCUCUUAGGUCUCCUAGGUCUUAGGUCUAGACGAAAUCAAUUGCUACCUAACAGAAAUUAUAUUUCAGGUUACAUUGUACUGGCAUCGUUUUCGCUUCUCAGUUCUAUUGGAUUGCUGCUACUUUUAACGCUUCAGCCACAAACAGGAACUCCAUUGAAUGAUAUAACUUCCGGUGCUGUUUGCAGCAUUAGUAUUCUAUCUUUAUGUCUAGCUUCUGUUGGUAUUCUGGCUUCGUACUGUUGCGCCCAAGAUCCUCCUGAUAAUAGAGUUGGAACUGCGAGGUGGGCGAUAACAGCAAAUCAAAUGGCAGAUAAUCAUAUAUGGGAAGCUGCCGAGGUUUUAAUAAACAGCAUGCCGAGUACACAGUAUAGAAAUAUAUCUCACUCAUCAGUGAACAUGACAGCUGAGGACAUAGCAUCUGCUAAUCAGUCAAACGGCAGAUUAUCCAGCGUUAGAAGAUUCUUCUGUCUGUUUGUCACUUUUGAUAUACUGUUCACUAGUUUAAUGUGGCUUAUAUGUGUUAUGAUGCGAGGAGAGACCCUUAUAGAAAUCUUCAAUAGAGAAAUUGUACAUUAUGAUAUAAAAGUAUCAUUGUUUGAUAUAGUCAUAGUAGCCAUACUAAGAUUCAUUUUAUUGUUAAUAUUCUAUGCAGUUAUAUGCAUUAAUAAUUGGAGUGUUAUUGCGCUUUCAACGGGCGGUACAUGUGCCUUUUUGAUAGGAAAAGUAUUUGUAUAUGAUUGGCCGGAUGCGUCUCAGCCUGUCUAUCAAGUGUUUUUAAUAUUGACUUCCUUUACCCUGGCUUGGGGUGAAGCCUGGUUUCUUGACUUCCGGGUGUUGCCACAUGAGCAACAUGCCAAACAAUUGUUGGAGACUAUAGUUCAACGUUCGAGUGAACGUACGCCGCUGCUGGCGCCACGUACGUCCGGAGAGUCUACUGUGAAUUGGUUUUCUCCUGUGGACACUCCACAAUCGAGCCCUAGGCCUCCAAGGGACGUGAUAUUAACACAAGAACAGGUGAGUGGAAUUUAUUAUAAUACAUAA